CUCUAUUUUCCUCUAAUGGUUUUGGCCUUGUUUUUAUAUAUUUCAGGUCUACGGAUCAAUGGAGAGCUAAUCACUGCCUACCCACAAGUUGUAGUAGUCAGAGUACCAACCCCGUGGGUGCAAAGUGAUAGUGACAUUACUGUUUUGCGCCAUCUAGAGAAGAUGGGAUGCCGGUUGAUGAACCGACCUCAAGCCAUCCUGAACUGCGUUAAUAAGUUCUGGACAUUUCAAGAGUUGGCUGGCCGUGGUGUUCCUCUGCCAGACACUUUCUCUUAUGGUGGCCAUGAAAAUUUUGCUAAAAUGAUUGAUGAAGCAGAAGUACUGGAGUUCCCAAUGGUAGUAAAGAAUACGCGGGGUCAUAGAGGUAAAGCUGUUUUCUUGGCUCGAGAUAAGCACCAUUUGGCUGAUCUAAGCCAUCUUAUUCGCCAUGAAGCGCCAUACCUGUUCCAGAAGUAUGUUAAGGAGUCUCAUGGACGGGAUGUACGUGUCAUUGUCGUGGGAGGCCGUGUGGUUGGCACCAUGUUGCGUUGUUCAACAGAUGGGAGAAUGCAAAGCAACUGCUCAUUAGGUAAAAAUAAUGCAAGCAUCUUUCUAGUAUAUAAAGUAACAUUAUAACUUGUCCAGUGAGUAUUCAUAUGUGUAUAACUAUAGAUCUUCUUAAGUUGAAAAACACAUUUCCUUUUACAGGUAAAUAAGAUUUUUAAACAUACCAUCAAUGUAAUUAAACUCUAGAGUUAUUUUUCUAGUAAUAUAAUUCUGUUUCACUGAAUCUUAUUAAAUCUGUCUUCAUCCAAGCUCAAUUUGUAACCCAAUUUACACAUGUAUUGGAUGUCUGACAGGAGUUAGAGAUUCCUUGGUGACAUACUUACUUUGUGUAUGAUUGGAAUUCCUAUAAGCUGUCCUAAUACAUUUUCCCCAUUGGUCCAAACAAGAUUGUUGAUUUUGAUUAUUUUCUCAGCUCUUUUAUUGUUAAGGUACAUCAGAGCUUAGGCUUUGGGUUUUUAUCCUUCUCUUCUCUGUUUUUAUCCAUUUCUUGGUAAUCUUAAACAGCUAAUGACUUUAAAUGCCAUUUCUAUGUUUAUUAGUUUCAAAUUUCUGUCUCCAAUUUAGGCUUUUUUCCCUGCUCCAACUCCAGGCUCAUAUAAGGAAUUGCUUACUCAGUAUCUCCAAAACUGGACUUCUUACAACGUAUUCUACCUACAGUUAUCUCCUUUUUGUUUUAUGUAUGUAUGUGUGAGUUAAUGAAUGAAUGAAUGAAUAACGGC